CCGCCCUGAGCCUCUGCAUCAGGUAGCCGACUCCAGGAACCGACGAUGAGGCUCUUGACCCACAACACGCUCUCCUGUUAACAAUUGGAUUUCCUGUUCUGAUCGAGGUAGAGAAGGCUAUGGAAAAGCCGGUGGAAUUCAAUGCUGAUUUCAUCAGGAACCACUUCCGGAAGAUCGAAUGGAAGGCGCUGGUGGAGGCUCCCAGAACUAUGGGCUAUGCGAAGCUCCCGGAAGAUGCUCAAAUCCAGAAGAGUAACUGGUGGGAGCAAACAAGCCAGAGCUGUGUUUGAAAAUGGUUGUAACCCUUGCAUUUCCAUUGAGGUUUGUAUCGCGUAUGUUUCUGCCUGGAGAGGAUUGCUAGCCUGGAUAGGGAAUGAUACGGCUUGCAGGAGAUUGCCAUCUGAGUCUCGAAGGAUAGCUCCACCCGCUGCCUUAUUCCGUGCGAAUGAUGCAUCUGUAUUAAAGGGCUUGUCCGGUUUAGCCUCUUGUAUUGGGCCUACUAUUGAGUCCGGUAUUUAGUCGGCUUAUCUGCUCGAGUUGGAAUUUGAGAGAGUUUUGUUGAAAUCGGUGAACUGCUGCAGUUUGAGGACAUUUUCUUGUGACGAUAGGGAGAACAGAAGAAACAUGUCUGUUUAAGUUGUCUACUGGUUCAUCCGGGAGUCUACUUCUGCGUUCGAAUUCCUUACUGGAUUCGAUUUCGGUUAACUCUGAACUUUCUCUUGUUUUAUUCGUUAAUUGUGUGAUGUUACUGGUCAUAGUUUAAUUGCUUUACAACCAUCUUGAUUGUAAAACUUUUCUGAGCUUGUGGAUCGGUUUGGGAUCGGGUUUCCCCUAUCGAAACUGUAAGGCUGAUAGAUCAUCCAGCUCAGGUCUCCAGUCACACCAACCAGGAGGUUCUGAAACAACUCACAACCACCACAAAAAGGACUUACCGGACCGGGAACCACCACCAAGGUACCAGAACCCAAACCCCAAACACAGCUACCCUCUCAAACCUCACCCUAGAGCUUACAGAGCACACACACGAAGGAGGUGAAGAGAGGAGCGGAAGAAGGAGAAAGGCUACAAACACGAUGGAGUUCGAUGGAUUUCUAUAUACAAAAACAAUCCACCAUAAUCUUGUAGACUCCCCUCUUAGUCUAUUAGAAGUAUAACUAUAUAAGUAAUGUUUAAAUAUAACUUACACAUUCAAUUAUAUAGCUCGACCACAUAAUACUUUUUGUUUCAUAGAAUCAUGUUGUUCAGAACUAUCAUGUAAAUCAGAAUCAUGAGAAGACUCCACCCCAUUAGAAGGGGUGGGGUACCAUGCAGGUUAGCAUCAGAAUCAUUAACAUUGUCAAACAAUGGAAUGGUAGCAGCAGGAGUAGACUCCCUAUUGAUCACUACCUUAAAACCCACCUGGUUUCUAUCCCAUAGCCUAUAACCUAUUACCCCCUCAGGAUACCCUAGAAAGACACACUUCUUAGACCUAGGAUCUAGCUUAUCCAGCUACUGAUGAACAUAGGCAGUACAACCAAACACUCUAAGGUUGGACAAGUCUAGGGGCUUUCCAGAGUAAACUGACUCAGGGCACUUUCCUCCUAGAGGAACAGAGGGGGGCCUAUUUACCAAAUAGCCAGCAAUGUCAACUGCUUCACCCCAGAAUUGCUUAGACAGAUCAGAGGUGGUAAGGAGACUUAUUACUUUAUUAAGCAAGGUUCUAUUUAUACGCUCAGCUACACCAUUCUGCCGGGGAGUAUAGGGCACAAUUUUGUGCCUUUUUAUUCCCCAGUCAACACACAGUUGAUUCAUCUCCUUAUUACAGAACUCUUGGCCAUUAUCAGUUCUAAGGGCUUUAACCUUAAGAUAAGGCUGGGUUUCAACUAGGGUUUUCCACUCCUUAAACUUCUCUACAACAUCAGACUUAUUCUAUAAGAGACAAACCCAAACUUUCCUAGAGAAAUCAUCUAUAAUAGACAUGAAAUAUCUCUUACCACCAUGGGUAGAGAUACUGGCAGGGCCCCAGACAUCAGCAUGAAGCAGAUUUAUGCAUGAUUUCUAGACUUUUAUGCUUUUCUGCCAUUAACCAGAAUAUCUAAAGUAACAUCAUCUCUAUCAUACUUGAUGGCAUAUUUGACAUCACUAUAUGAAUCAGGAAUAACAUUGAGCAAAAUAAUUGGGGUGUAGUCAUCAAUAUGCUUGUCACCAGCCUAUUUGAUGUUUUGGACUAGUUUGUUAAAAUAUCCAAAUUUUCAUCUAUAUCCUUAGUAAGGUCAAGCCUGAACUGGAAAAUUUUUUCAAGUAAAAAUAUAGUUUGCCUGGUAAGGCCUCAGACAUCAGCAUGAAGCAGAUUUAUGCAUGAUUUCUAGACCUUUAUGCUUUUCUGUCAUUAACCAGAAUAUCUAAAGUAACAUCAUCUCUACCAUAUUUGAUGGCAUAUUUGACAUCACUAUAUGAAUCAGGAAUAACAUUGAGCAAAAUAAUUGGGGUGUAGUCAUCAAUAUGCUUGUCACCAGCCUAUUUGAUGUUUUGGACUAGUUUGUUAAAAUAUCCAAAUUUUCAUCUAUAUCCUUAGUAAGGUCAAGCCUGAAUUGGAAAUUUUUUUCAAGUAAAAAUAUAGUUUGCCAUGUAAGGAGGUAUCAGUAUACAGACUAUCAAGUUUUUCCCAAAAAUCUUUCGCAGAGUCAAGUAUACCAACUUUCCUUAACACAGAGUCAGAAAGAUUUAAGUAAAUUGUUGAACAGACAGUUUCAUUCAUUUCAAGUUGUUUAGCCUCAUCUUCAGUUUCUAAUAAUUUGCCAGUGAUAGCUCUGAAAACUUUUUGUUGAAUUAAAACACAUUUAAUCUUUUGCUUCCAGAUAUCAAAAUCGGUUUUCCCAUUAAAGGGCAACAUUCCAUAUUGAUUAGCAGUCAUGGCAAAAGACACAGAAACCUAGGAAAUGCCACACAGACAAAUCAAUUAAAAACCCUAUAGUAGGUCAGACAGCGGACUAGAGGACCACACAGUUCCGAGGCCACUCUGGUGGCUGACAGGGUAUCGCUUAGCCCUAACACCACGCGCCUUCACUAAUUAGGGAGAAUCACUCAGGUUAUCCGUGGACAGACAGACAACUGAGGAAAGAGAAACAACACUCAGAAAGAACAAACUCACUGAACACAGAAAGGUGCAAGAACAAAAAAACCAGCCCCAACCCACUACCCGAAACACACAAAGAGACAAUCAAGAACACAAACCAAUCACGGAUCUGAACAUGCAACUGGCAGAUCAACACAUGCAAAAGAGAGAUUCAAUCGCCAUACCUGAGUUGAUGGCGGUCGGGAUAAAACAACUGAUGGCCGCGCAGGGAAAAGGGGAGUAAAGUAAACAAAAUCUGGAGGCACUCGGUGCACCCAGUGUUGUCAAAAGCGCUCGCUUCUGCGCUUAAGCGCACAAAGCGCAGCGAGGUAGACCCCUAGCGCCUAAGUAAGGUAGAAGCGCACAACCCUGGGCAAGGCGCACCAUAAGCGCUAGAAGCGCACGAAGCGCGGAAGCGCUAUAGGCGCGCGCCUGCGUCGCCUGAAACGGAAAAGGCUGACAGCCCUUUUUUAGUUUAAAACUUUGAAAAAAAAAGCCCAUAUCUUAAUAUUCCUCAGCCCAUGAAAACAAUAGGUUAAAGUAAGUUUAACCUACGUAAAACUAAGCUUAAUAGUACGUAAAAACGUAAACUUGCGCACGACACUACAAAGCUUAACCGCUAGCCAUCCUCUUCACUCUCCUCGCUUUCCUCACUCCGUCACUCUAUACUCAAGCUGCUCUACACCAGCCGGUUCUUUCAGCUUCAUCAUCUCAAGCAUACGCAGCUCUCCAUCGUAGCAGUAAACAAGGAUAUGGAAGGUGGAACAAGUUCUGUGGGUGGUGCUGAAAGUGAAAACUCUACAAAAAAUGACCCAGCUUGGAAACAUAACUACUUAGAUGAAACACAACUAAUUAGUUAACACAACUACCUAGCUUUUUUGAUGCAUUUGGUUCAAUAUGAUGUUACAUACAUCAUAUUUGGCAUUUAUAGAAUAGUAUAUGUGACUUUAUAUAAGUAAUGCGCUUCACCCGAGUCAGGCGAGCGCUUUUUUGCGCUUUGCGCCUCAAGCGCUGGAAGACUCCUAGCGCUUCGGGUGCGCCUUACGCCUUUGACAACCUUGGGUGCACCUAGGGUGUUUCAAGCCAAUUUAUCUGAGCGGAUAUCCAGGGGGAUUAUUCGACUUACCAUGCACGAAGAGGAGGGAGCCGAUGUCGUCAGAGGUGAGUAGCUGCUGGGUUUCCGGUGGAGCUUUUCGGCGAGAGACAGUGAGAACCAAGCUCUGAUACCGCUGUAAGGCUGAUAGAUCUUCCAGCUCAGGUCUCCAGCCACACGAACCCGGAGGUUUUGAAACAACUCACAACCACCACAAAAAGGAUUUACCGGACCGGGAACCACCACCAAGGUACCAGAACCCAAACCCCAAACCGAGCUACCCUCUGAAACCUCACCCUAGAGCUUACAGAGCACACACACACGAAGGAGGUGAAGAGAGGAGCGGAAGAAGGAGAAAGGCUAGAGAAAAGCAAGACCCUCUCUCUCUAAACAGAAGGCUCUAGAACUAGGGUUACACAUAUGCGGCUCACUCCACAGGCAAAGACAGAUCAAAGGAUUAAGUAGGCGGGUCAAGGAAAGUCCAAUAAGGUAAGUAGGUCACGAAGGGUAAAGGUGCCGAACACAAGGGAUGAAUCAAGCAAGGAGGUAAAUGGGCUGGGUGGUAACCAAAUGGUAAAGGCCAAAGUCCCGGGUAAAUUGGGCCAAUACCUCUCACAGAAACCCCGCGGAUUAGGAAGUUUUUCUUCCGAACUGCGUCAACAUAUCGUGUGUCUUUUACUUUUUGUAUUGCUUUGAUUGCAUGUUUAAAGUUUUGAGAUCCGAUUUGUUUGACUGUGACUUCAUAUAGUCUGAGAACAAAUUUGGUAUGAGAGCCUUGUGUGCUUUCUUGAAAUCUGAACUCUAAACUUUGGUUUGAAUUUUUUGAUUUCAUGAAACCCCAGUUCUUGAUUAUUCUUAUUUGUUCGUAUAUCCUUUUACUUUUGAUAAUCCAAGUUCUUCAAACCCUAGCUCAGAUCUGUUCUGGCUUGUGUUUGUUGUUGGUUAAGAGUCUAAUUAAUACCUCUUUUCUUGACUCUUUCUGAUAUCUGCUCUGUGUGUGUGUUUCUGUUUGCUUGUGUCCACAUUGGGAAAAUGACUGACUCUGGUACCAAGAUUCGCAUCUUUGAUGGUGCCAGUGAUUUCCCUAUGUGGCAGCUGAAAAUGUAAGCUUUGAUAAUGAAGCAGAAAUGCUUCAAAGUUGUUCUGAGUGAUGAAAUUACUGGUGUAUCUCAGUCUGAUUCACUUGAGUUGAAAAAUGUUGCCCACUCUGAACUGAUAAUUCACUUAUCUGAUAAUGUUGCAAGGAAAUUCGCAAACAUAAACAUAACUGACCCUAGGCUUUUGUGGAAUACUCUGGAGACAACUUACAUGAAAAAAUCUAAGUCCAGAAAAAUAUCUUUGUUAUGUAGGUCGUUUACUUUCAAGAUGAAUGUUUUUGUCUCUUUCUCGUGAUUUGGAUAAUUUUCUAAAAAUUACACAAGAAAUUGAGGAGGUAGAUGAAAAAAGUAAAGAUACUCAUCAAGCUGUCAUUCUCCUGAAUUCUUUACCUUCUCAAUUUGAUAACUUUAAGAAUGUCAUUCAGUACUCUAAUGAAGAUCUCACCCCUGGUAAGAUCAUAGAUGCUAUACUUGAGAAGAAUGAAACCCUUAAAGUGUUUAAGUCUAAGUCUGAUCAUUCUAAUAAUGAAAAGACUGAAACUAAAACUGAAGCUUUAAUUGUGAAGGGCAAGAUGAAGGGAACGAAAAAUGGUUCUAAAAAGAAGAAACAAACUGAAAAAUGGUUGUACAUUGCAUGCUACCCCUAAUAAAUCCAAUUUUUCUUCCUUGAACUUGUAUGAUGGGGGAAAGCUGAUGUUGGGGGACAAUACUGCUCUUGAUAUUAAGGGAAUAGGGAAUAUGCCAUUAAGGAUGUUUGAUGGAGUUGUCAGGGUUAUACAAAAUGUUAGAUGGGUCCCUUAUUUGCGAAGAUACUUGUUGUCUGAAUCUAUUUUUGAUGAGUUAGGCUGUAGUAUUGUUACUCAGGAAGGCAUUAAGAUGGUUUCCAAAAAUGGAAAACAACUUAUCAAAGUUGUUAAGCAAGGAGGCCUUUACAUUGUUGAAGGAUCAUCUGAGCUGAAUAUAGCUGCCCCUGAUACUAACAACACUAUUCAAAAACAAACUGAGAUAUGGCACAAAAGGUUAGGUCACAUUGGUAAUGUGAGUCUUAACAAGUUGUUUAAAAAUGGAAUGAUUGACUUUAAACCAAGCCAAAUUGAUUUUUGUGAAAACUGUAUUUUUGGUAAGAAAACUAGACACUCAUUUGGUAAAUCUACAUAUACUGCUUCUCAAGCCCUUGAAUUGGUCCAUCAUGACCUAUGGGGGCCCUCUAAAAUUGGAACUUCAGGAGGAAGAAAAUAUUUUCUCUCUUAUUGGUCGUUUUUCUAGAAAAAGUGUGGGUUUACUUGCUAAAAACCAAAGAUGAAACUUUUGACAGUUUUAAAAUCUGGAAAAGCUGGUUGAGUCUCAAUCCAAGUUUAAACUGAAAUCUUUGAAAACUGAUAAUGGUCUUGAAUUUUGUAACCAUGUUUUCAAUAAUUUCUGUAAAACUGAAGGGGUUAAAAGGUUAUUAACUGUCCCUGAUACUCCCCAGCAGAAUAGUACUGUUGAGAGAAUGAAGAGAACUAUUCUUGAAAAGGAUAGAUGCAUGUUAAUUGAAUCUGGUCUUAAAAAUUCUAUGUGGGGUGAAGCUGUUGUUACAUCUACUUACUUGAUCAACAGAUCACCAUCUUCUGUGGUGGGUUUCAAAACCCCUCAGGAGAUGUGGUCUGGUGUGAAGCCAAACAUAACUUAUUUAAGGCCCUUUGGGUGUACUGCAUAUUCUCAUGUCUCUCAAGGUAAGUUAGAACCUAGGGCCAUUAAAUGUGUUAUGAUUGGCUAUCCUGAAGGUGUGAAAGGUUACAAACUCCUUCUGAUUCAACCUGGAGUUUAUAAAGGCAUAAUUUCUAGAGAUGUUACAUUUAAUGAAUCUGAAUUUCACUUUAAAAGUGUUAAUGCAUCUUCUAGUGACAUGACAGAUGAUUCUGAUGGUAACUUCUUUAAUUCUCUGGGCACUGAGAAUCUGUCUGAAGGUGACCUUGAUGUUGGAGGACAUCAUGAAGGUAAUGAUGAUCAAUCUUUGUCAGAAUGUGACCAAGAUGAUUCAUCAGAAGGUACUGCACAGCUUAAUACAGACUCAAAUCAGGAAGGUAGUACCUUACCCUUACUUGAUAAUUUGAGUAAUUUGCAUGAUGUGCCUGUUUUGUUUGAUGUAAAUGUAAAUACUGGUGAAACUGAUCUUAAUGGAAAUGCCUCUAAUGAACAGGAAGAACCAAACUUAGCUAAUUAUCAACUUGUUAGAGACAAAGAACAUAGAAAUGUUAUUCCUAAUAGGAAAUACAUCUCUAAUCUAGCUGAGUUUAUCUUUAUAGCUUCUGAAAUUGUUAAAAACAAUGUUCUUGAAACUUUUGAGCAAGCUAUUAAGAGUUCUAAGUCAAAUGAAUGGGUUAAAGCAAUGCAAGAAGAAUUGCAAUUUAUGUUUGUUAAUCAAACAUGGAUUCUGGUCCCUAAACUUAUAGGUGCUAAGGUUAUUGAUUGUAGAUGGAUUUAUAGGAUAAAAGAUAGUCUUGAUCCCAUUGAUCUCCCUAAGUAUAAAGUUAGGCUUGUUGCUAAGGGUUUUAAACAAAAGAAAGGGAUUGAUUACCAAGAUAUUUUUGCUCCUGUAAUCAAAUUCAAAACCUUGAGACUCUUGCUUGUUAUGAUUGUUGUUUUUGACUGGGAAUUAGAACAAAUGGAUGGUAAGACUGCCUUCUUACAUGGAGAUAUAAAUGAAACUAUUUACAUGUCUCAACCUCCUGGAUAUGAGAGUAAAAAGAAUCCUAAUCAUGUUUGUUAAGAAAAUCUAUCUAUGGUUUAAAACAGUCUCCUAGACAAUGGAACUUGAAAUUUGAUGCUUGCAUGAGUGAACUUGGUUUUCUUAAAAGCAAAUAUGAUACUUGUUUGUAUUUCAAGCAUGUUGGUAUUGAUAAUGCCGUGUACAUUCUGUUAUAUGUUGAUGACAUUCUCAUAAUUGGUUUGUGCAAAAUGUUGGUUAUUAGUGUGAAAGAUGAUCUAAAAACACAUUUUGACAUGAAAGACUUAGGACCUGCUAAAAGAAUUUUGGGGAUUGACAUGAGCAGAAAUAGACCUGAAAAGUGCAUGUUCUUAUCUCAAAGCAUUCCUAUCCCUUUAGGAGGGCAUGGUUCUAAAAGCAUUCCUAUCCCUUUAGGAGGGCAUUUGGAUCUUCAUGGGGAUCCUUAUCCUAUUUCUUUGGAGGAAUCUAAGAAAAUGGAUAAAGUCCCUUAUCAUGUUGCUUCUGGCUUUUUUAUGUAUGCUAUGCUUUGUACCAAACCAGACCUUGCUUUUGCUGUGAGUGUUCUUAGCAGAUUCAUGUCUGACCCUAGGGAAAGACAUUGGACUGCUUUGAAGUAUACUCUUAGGUAUCUUUCUGGAACUAAAAACCUAGGUCUUAAGUAUAGUUCUAGCUCUUCCUUAGACCUUAAAGGAUUUGUUGAUUCUGAUUAUGCUGGUUGUAAAGAUACCAGAAAGUUUACCAUUUCCUGGUUCUUUACCUGGGCUGGAAACUGUAUUUCUUGGAAAUCCCAAUUGCAAUCUGUUGUGGCUUUGUCCUCUACUGAGGUUGAAUAUGUUGCUGCCAUUGAGGCCAUUAAAGAAGUCAAAUGGCUUAAAGGUAUUUUGGGUGAAGUUCUUGGAAACAGCCUUGUCCCUAUUGUUUUUUCUGAUAGUCAAAGUGCUAUUUACCUUUGCAAAAAUCCUAUGUAUCAUGAGAAAACCAAACAUAUAGAUGUAAGGUUCCAUUACAUAAGAGAUGAAAUUGCCAAGGGUAAUAUUAAUGUGGAAAAAAUUUCAGGAGAUGUAAAUCCUGCUGAUUUUGGAACUAAAAUUGUCCCUACUGAUAAAUUUCUUUUUUGCAGGAGCUUCUUCAAAAUCUUUGAGGUACCUUGAUAAAAGGUUCCAAACUCGGUUGAUGGUGAAUGAGGAAAUUCACGUCUCACAGAUCCUGCAAACUAGCUAUGAUGAUACUCCAUUUGGAGAUACCUGAAUGAGAAUGAGUCUUAGGAGGGCAAAUUGUUGGGAUAUCAUAUAAUCCUAAUUCUCUCAUAUGUUCUUUCACUUUUACAAUUAAGGUAGGAUGGCAAAGCAAUUAGAUUUGGCUUAAAUUUUUCUUGGUUUAUCUCUUGUAAGGGUCUUUUGGGUUAUUGUAUUGGGUCUGUCCGGUUUAGGCUCUUGUAUUGGGCCUACUAUUGAGUCCGGUAUUUAGUUGGCCUAUCUGCUCGAGUUGGAAGGAUAUAAAUAUAUCCUUUAACCUCCCUUUCUGCACUGUUCCACUGCAUACUUCUAAAACCCUAGAGAGAGAAAUUUGAGAGAGUUUUUUUAGAUCGGUAAACUGUUGUAGUUUGAGGCCAUCUUGUGACGAUAGGGAGAAAGGAGGAAGCUUGUCUGUUGAAGUUGCCUAUUGGUUCAUCCGGGAUUCUACUUCGGCUUUCGAAUUCCUUACUGGAUUCGAUUUUGGUCAACUCUGAACUUUCUCUUGUGUUUUAUUCGUUAUGAGUUGUUUGUCUGUUAAUUGUGUGAUGUUACUGGUCAUAGUUUAAUUGCUUUGCAACCAUCUUGAUGGUAAAACUUUUCUGAGCUAGUGGAUCUGUUUGGCACCGGGUUUCCCCUAUCGAAACCCCGCAGAUUAGAAAGUUUUUCUUCCGAACUGCGUCAACAUAUCGUGUCUUUUACUUUCUGUAUUGCUUUGAUUGCAUGUUUAAGGUUUUGAGAUCCAAUUUGUUUGACUGUGACUUCGUAUAGUCUAAGAACACACACACACACACACACAUAUACGGUUCCAGUGAGAACGAUGCUUAACGUGAGAACACUAACAUUUAAAUCAACGUGGUGCACAAUUGAGCUAUUCUAUUGCACAUUUUCAAUUUGCACGAUUAAACCUAUAUUAAAUAAACACGAUGGCAUUUUGGUAAAUAUUGUGAAAAUGUGAAAAUGUGCAAUAUACAAGCUUCUUUGUGCAACAUGUUGGGGUAAAUGUUAUGUUUUCACGUUCUCAUGUUAAGGCGUUAAUCAUUGUUCUCAUUUGAUCUCUAUUCUAUAUAUAUAUAAUUAAAAAAUUCCAAAAAAACAGGGCAAGAAAUAAUUUUGAACCUUAAUAAACAUUAAACUAAAAACAUGAUAUCUAGUCUAGCGAGAAUAGUAGAAUCCGCUGACACUCAAAGUAAUAUACUUUGUAUAUAAUGUCGUCUCUCUACUCAAAGAUGCCGACGUGGAUAGGCGGGUGCAAAUACGAACAACGCAGAGAGACGCGAAGGUAGGCGGACGGGGGCGGAACUUACCUUGAAGAGGACCGGCAAAGACAAGAGGAUUGACGCAUGUGAAUCAGAUGUUUAAGAACGACGAAAGCUUCUCAACGUAUGUCAGCGCUGGUGACCGCCGAUCUAUUGUGCUGCUGAAGUGACAUAAGAAGACGGUGACUGCUAAACACCUGGUCUUUCUGUGAAACAUAAGUAAAGCAUUUGAGGUUUUUUUUUGUACUGAAGUUUUAAGUUUUGGUCUGGAUUGUGUGUUAAUUAAAUUCAUAGGUUGCAGUGUGUAAUGUGGUUAUUUUCAUAUGUGAAAAUGUAUGUAUAGGUUGUAAUGACAGAGUAUGUGAACUUGUUUAUUCACCAUGGUGGUAAAUGGGACUGUGUGAAAAAGAAAAGGGAAUAUUUGGGGGGUGAGCUGACCAAAAAGGAAAAGGUAGACAUUGACAUUUGACUACAUCUGUAAGUUCGAAUUGGAUGGGUAUGCAGAGGACUUGGGCUAUAAAGAUGGUGUACAAAUAUGGUUCAGAAGGCUUUCAAUUAAAGAUGUAUGUGGCCUAGCUACUUUAUAGGAAAUUCAAUGUGACAUGACAUGCUUCUUUCCAACAUUACGGACCCAUACAUUGAAUUGUAUUUUGUCUUAAAGAAGAGUCCAAAAGGGAAAGGGAAAGAUAAAGUACCACCAGGCCCCUCAAACCCUUCCCAAAGUGCAGAUGCAACCCCAACUUGUGAUACAUCAGCCCCAUGUACUGAUUUAGCCAUACCCUGUGAUGCAAGCCCUACUUUACAACUACUCAACCGUGUGGAGUCAACCCACACUUCAUUACAAUCCCAGCCUGAACAAGAGGGUGUUCCUACAUUUCUACAAGCAGAAUACCAGUGAAGAUGAAGUGUUUCAAGAUGUGAUCAGUGAAGAUGAAGCACCCGAGUUUAAUGAAGGUCAUGAUAAGGAGUGUUUAUACUAAUGCUCUUUUAAUUGUGUUGUUUGAAGUCUGUAAUCUAGUAAUUGCUUACUAUGUAUUGUUUGUACAUGUACACUUAUUUCAGGGGUUAGUUGAGGCUUUUAAGGCUGUCAAUCUAUUGAAUGAGCAUAGAUAUUGCUUGUAACACAUGUAUGAGAACUAUAAGAAGGUUUUCAGGGGUGGGGAGUACAAGAAAAAGUUGUGGUUAGCAGCAAGUACUGGAAGUUUAAGGUCCUGGCAGAGACAUAUUGAAGCCAUAAAGAAUUUUGAUGAGGCUGCCCACACUUGGUUGCUGCAAAAUGACCCUCGGACUUGGAGUAGGGCUCAUUUCUCACCACAUACCCGGUCUGAUGCCCUACAAAACAACAUAUGUGAGUCUUUCAAUUCUUACAUUCUUAGAGCUAGAGAUUUGCCUAUCCUAAGUAUGUUUGAAUGGAUUAGAAAACGGUUAAGGUUUCAUGUCAAGUACACUGGGAUGCUGAAAUACAAGGGGGCAAUUUGUCCUAACAAACAGGACUUUCUAGAAAAAUACAAGUAUGACAGUAGGAAUUGUUUUUGCACACCAGCUGGUGACAAGCUUUAUGAGGUAGAAUAUUUUGAUAGAAGUUAUGUGGUAAACUUGAAUGAAAGAAGUUGCACUUGUGGAAUGUGGGAUUUAAAUGGAACCCCAUGCAAACAUGGAGUGUCUGCUAUUUAUGCAAAUAGAGAAAAACCCGAGGAGUAUGUCAGUCAUUAUUCAAAAGAUACCUACCUAGCUGUGUACAACCAUAUGAUCCACCCUGUACCUAGUAAAGAGGGGUGGGAAACCACUGCCUACCUUGACAUCAAGGCACCAAUUCCAAGAAAGCCAGCUGGUAGACCAAAGAAAAAGAGAAUUAGAGCUCUUGAAGAAACAAGGAAUCCAUAUAAGGUUUCUAGGUCUGGGAAGCAGGUAGUUUGUGGUAAUUGUAAGCAGGUGGGUCAUAAUGUAAGAGGAUGUAAGACAUCCCUUACUGGAGAAACCCCAUGGCAGAGAAGAAUGAGGCUGAGAAACACAAGUAUUCCGCAGGAGGCCAAGUUCCUAAUGCUCAUGAAGCUGCAAAUGAAGAUUCUCAUGUCAACACUCAGGUUGUGGAGACCAUCAGUGAAUCAGUCCCUAAUGCUUCCACUCCAAAUGCAACAAGUUCAAGAAAAAGAAGAAAUACUUGUAGUUCUCAACCACAACAACCUUCAGCAAGAAGAAUUACCAGAUCAUCACAAGAAAUACUUGUGAUGAUGUAUUUGUGAAUGUAGCAGACAUUUUGUAAUGUAAUUUGGAUUAAUUUUUGUAGUUAUUUUGCUGAAUAUGAUGUGUAAUAUGUUUUGGAUGGAAUUUUGCACUGAAUGUGUAGUCUGUGUAAUGGCAUACUUUGCUUUGCUUUUGAUUAAAAGGAAGGAACUGUGUACUUGUUGUUUUGGAUGGAAUAAAAUGAAUAUGGGUAACUUAACUCAAAU